CGUUCACUCAACCUCACCGUCACUUUGGGAAUUUGGUAUCAUGAAUUCCAACCUGCCCACCACGGAUGCUCCGGCAGCGAAUUCUCAUGAUCAACGGCCAACGUCACCUCCAAGAAUCUCACGCCAAUUUAAAUGGAUGCUCAUAAUCCUCGUGGUCAUAUCAAUGGUUGGCAAGCCUCAAUUGACGGACUGGGUUCAGGCAGUAAUUUCAUACAACAAAGAACCGUCUCUUGAAAUCAUGAUUGACGUGUUCUUCACGAGCUCCACCUUGCUCUACAACAUGGUCCUCGGCGGAUAUGCGACUUGGGCUUUUCUCACAUAUACGAGAAUUCGAGGAUCGCAGCAUGAUAACACAGGAAGGCGUUCAGGCCAUCAGACAGACGCUCCACGGGACAUGAAGGGUGCUGCGUCGUGAUGUGCGGCAAAUUCGUGGACGCCUGGGCAUGCAUGGAAAUCUCACGUUCCGCCUCUUUGGCACCCUUUCUAUAGCGCGAAGAUUUCUCCGGAGAUCAAGCUUAGGUACGAUGCUCUCAUGGAUAAAUUUGUCCCUUGCAGGGAAAGGCCGGUCCCUAGUCGAUACGCAGAGAACUGGUGGGAAAUGCAAAGCAUGCUUUUACGACCGCUGAAAGACCGUGCCCACCGUCUUCGAGGGGACUUCAAAUCUUCUGCUAGCACACAAACAUUGAAGUCAUAUUCUUGUCUUGAUUCGCAAUGGAGCG